AUGGCUGCGAAAGGGAAGGAUCUUAGCCAACAGCUUGAGGAACUCAUCAGCUCCUUGCAAGAACAAGGCAUUUUGACCGACUACUUUUACGAACUAAGAGGGCUACAAGAUGACAACAACCCUCGCUUGGUUGACGAAAUUAUCACCAUCUUCCUUCGUGUAGCUGAAGAUUACAGAGCCGAACUCACAAGAAAUCUUAAUGCCUGUGGCCGGGUUGCCCUUGCCUGUCAAGAGCUCGUUGAUGCAAGUGAAGCAAAUAACAAAGAAGGGUGCCUUGUGGCUCUUGACAAUGUCAACCGUGAAUAUCUUGUCGCCAAAGAGAAUUUGAAUCGCAUUGUUGGGGUAACAGUUAUUUUGAAUCUUUAA